AUGUUUUCCAGCAUGUCUGCCAUUGGGAUUCACUUCGGUUAUACAUGUGCCUGUGUGGCGGUGUUUAAGGAUGGGCGGGCUGAUGUGGUGGCUAAUGAUGCAGGAGACCGGGUCACUCCAGCUGUGGUGGGCUACAGGGACACUGAGCAGAUCGUAGGGAUAGCAGCCAAGCAAGGUCAGGUGCGCAACGCGGCCAACACCGUUGUUAAAGUGAAGCAGGUGCUGGGCAGAAGAUUCGAUGAUCCCGUGACACAGACACACAAAUCUGAGACCAAAUGCCAGGUGGUCAACAGAGAACACAUGCCCUAUUAUGAGAUCACGUGUGGAGAGCACACACAGUUUGUGGCACCAGGAGAUGUGGCGAAGCUCAUCUUUAAGAAGAUGAAAGAAACGGCUCAGUCAGCGUUGGGCUCUGAUGUCACUGACACCGUUAUUACCGUUCCCUUUGAGUUCGCACAUGCUCAGAAGCACGCGUUGAGAGAUGCAGCUGAAGCUGCAGGCUUCCAUGUGUUGAGGAUGAUCCAUGAACCUGCUGCUGCUCUGCUGGCCUAUGAUGUGGGACAGGACUGCUCCUCUGGGAACAGCCACGUCUUGGUCUACAAGCUUGGAGGGACGUCCCUGAGUGUGACGGUGCUGCAGAUAAACGGAGGAAUGAUGCGGGUCGUCAGCACCAGUACCGACCACAGCAUCGGAGGAGAGCGCUUCACCCAGGCCCUGGCCCAACACCUCGCCUCCGAGUUCAAACGAAGCUUUAAACACGACGUGAGCAGCAAUCCGCGGGCCUUGCUGAAGCUGAUGAACAGUGCCGACAUGGCCAAGCACUCCCUGUCCUCCCUGGGAUCAGCCAACUGCUUUGUGGAUUCCCUGCAUGACGGCAUUGACUUUGAGUGCGCCGUUUCCAGAGCACGAUUUGAGCUGCUCUGCUCCACACUUUUCAACAAAAGCAUCCAGCCAAUCAGGUCGCUGCUGGACGAGGCAGGGCUCUCUGCCAGAGACAUCAACAAGGUGGUUCUCUGUGGCGGAUCAUCCAGGAUCCCUCGCCUACAGCAAAUGAUCCGGGAGAUGUUUCCUGACGUGGAGCUGCUCAACUCGUCGCCCCCGGAUGAAGUCAUCGCUGUAGGAGCCGCCAUAGAAGCUGGCCUGCUGGUCGGCAGGGAUGGCCUUGCCCCCGAGGAAGAGUCUGUUGCUGUGGAUGUUUCUGCUGCUGACAUUCUCUUGAAGGAGGUGAACGAAUCAGGAGCCGAGACGUUUAGCAUCCUCCUUCCUGUGGGAACUCCCCUCCCUGCCCGCAGACAUCACACCUUAUCUGCUGAGGGAAAACUGUCCUCCCUUUGUUUGGAGAUUUAUCAGAGAUUGGUCACGGAGCAGCCCGAAAUACUUUCUAAGAUUAUUUUAAGAGACCUGCAGCCUAGUGAGGAGAACCACAGCAUCGAUGCUGUAGUCACCAUGAAAAGGGAUGGAUCUGUCCACGUGUCAUGUGCUGCACAGAAGAAUGGAAAAUCAGAGGCUGUCACCAUACCAGCAGCAUCAUGAGCACACGGAAAUACCCUUCAUUACACGAUAUGCAGUGUUGUAUCACUUAUUUUGGUUUUUGUACAACUCAAUAAACAGUCAAGUUAAACUGUA